AUGCGACCUCAUUUGCUCGCUGGCGUAUUAUCGAGCUUGGCUACUCGUACAUACAGCCUCGAUACAUCUACACCAGAAUGUGCUACCAUUUGCUCUCGCGAACUUAUGCACUAUCAUGGUAUUCCUACUGUUGAGGGUCUCUGUCAUGACAUGGCCGUUCAACGAGAACUGUUCUCAUGCCUGGCCAGUUCUUGCACUGAUCAGUAUGGUCAAGCUUUGACAUACACUGUCUCCACUUGCUCUCUUCAUGGUGCUACCAUAAGUGAUCUCCUUCCUGUGGAAAUACAACAUACAAGUCUUGCUCCGAGGCACUUCAUGCCUCUCGUCUCACGCUCUGAUUCGGCGAGCUUUGGGUUUGAAAGCCGUUUUAGCCUCUCUGUCGACUGUAAAGCCGGAUCUGAUGGUGUUCUUACACUGUCUCUCCCCGAAUCCACCGCUUCAGCUCAUCAAUCUAUUCCCGGUGGUGGUUCCCCUGCCUCACCAGGAGCUGGGAAUGGCAACCCCAAUGCCGGAGCAGGUCCACCAGGUGGUGCACCAGGCCCGAACAAUGGGCCCCUACCAGGAAACACAGCAGGCUCAGGUGGCGGUCAAGGUAAUCCUUCAGGAGGCACAGGUCCCGGAGGAGAUGGUGGCAAUGAUGGAAAUGAUGGAAAUGAACCCUCAGAUCCCAACGCGGAUUGUGAAGGAAACACUUCCAAUGAUGGAUCUUCACAGUCUGGCAACAAUGAUGGCCAAUAUCCAACUGACCCGGCUCUUGCCCCGGCUCCGGUUCCUGCCAACCCUCCUGCCAACAGCAACACCCAGCCGGAUGGCCAGUCCAACGGCCCUCCUGCCCCAGGACCAGAUGGUGCCGAUGGAAACAGUUCGCCUGACGAUCCCAAUCAAGGCAAUACAGGACAAUCACAGCCUCAACCCGCUCCUGCAACUGCACCUGCUCCUUCGAACCCGGAUGAAGGCGACGGAGCACCAAAUCAAGAUGGAACUGGCGGACCGGGAGAGGAUUGCGAUGAGAGCGCUCCUGGAAACAAUGCUGCACCAGCCACUCCUCCAAGUACUGGCGGCUCAGUAGACUGCUCUAUCGAUAUUAACAAUCCAGCAUGCGCCAACCAGAAUCAGCUACCUCCUGGACCUCCAGCGCCUCAACCACCAGCAUCUCAACCGCCAGCACCUCAACCGCCAGCACCUCAACCAGCGCCACAGCCUCCAGCACCUCAAAUACCAGCGCCUGCCCCGGAUUCUCCCGCUCCUCAAGGCCCCCCUCCGGGCCCUGGUCCUGCUCCUGCUGGAGGUAACCCUCCCUGUGGUGCUGAAGACGGUAUGCCAGCCUGCCCUGCCUCUCAUCAGCCUCCAAAGGGCGAUGAUAGCGGUGGAAAUGGGUGCUCGGACCCCAACUCAAACGCUGGCUGUGGCUCUUCUGAGCCUUCUUCACCUCAGCCGCCUCCACAGACAGCACCACCCGCUAUUCCAAAUAGUUGCUCCGGGGAUGAAAACUCACCUUGUCACAAUGGAGGUGAUGGCGGAUCUGAUCCAGGAUCUAGCAGUGUGCCUGCAAACCCCCCGUCACCGAACAGUCCUGACGCGCCUCCUCCCGAUGUAGGGCCUUCACCUGCUGCCCCUCCUUUACAACCAAAUACAAAUGGUAAUCCCGACAACGGGGCCUCUUGUGGUGGAAAGCCUGGCCCUUGUCCCGCAAAUGGUGGUCCAGGAAUCCCAGCGCCAGCCAAUCCUCCUUCUCCGGCCUCUCCGCCUUCAACUCCCCCAGAAGGCCAGGUUCCUAACGGUUCCCCAGAUAAUGAUGGUACUGGACAGGAAAGCCCCGGUAAAGGAGAUGGCAAGGGUGAUGGGGGGAAAGGGAGCGGCGAUCUCGGACCACAAGCACCAGAAAUCACAGCACCACCUACACAACCCGCUCUGCCUGCACCAGAAGUUCCAGCGCAGCUUCCAGGACCUCCUGCCCAACCAAGACCCCCUCAACCUACCGGUUCCAACGCUGUUGGCGGCGCUCACGAGGGACCUCAAGUUAUCACACCGACAAAUGGCCCUUCAAUGUACUCGUCACCAUCUCAAUUGGAGGAACGUGCCAUGGCUGACAUAGAACGAAGGCAAGAAGAGAAUGGUCAAGAACUUGGCACUCCUGGCAACGACAUCCCGGCCCAACCUGCCCCUGCUUCAGCGGCUUCAGCUAUUCAAGCAGAUCUUCCGACAGAGUCGGGCAUGCCCGAACCUUCGUUCGUUGUUUCAAACGACUCGACAAGAGCCCAUGGCUACUCACGGACCUUUGCUGUUCUGGUAGUGUUUGUGGCAAUGUUUUCAUGGCUACUGAUAUGA